AUAAUUCAAUAUAACAUCUAAAGUAAUACUAAAAAAUGUUUUAUGGUUGGUUGGUAAGUUUAGAAGGUAAUUCUAGUGCAGAAAAGAGAGGGAAAAACACGUAAGGUAUAUUGCAGCAGAUGAAAAUGUGAAUACACCUGAAUGAUUGAGACAUGUACAUCUGUCUGGUUGAUGGUAGAAUGGUCAUUUCAGCAGAGGCUCUGCCGGUGCCAUUGGUGGCCCAAAGCCGUCAUCAGCUAGUCCCAAAUCAAAUCAUCAAACUGGCCAUUAUGAAUACAGCUAACUUUGUUUUAUAUUUGUCUUUUGUUCAACUCUUAAAUAUUAGACCAAUGGACAAUUCAACAUGAUCACCACCUGUUUGAAAAUUUUCCCAUCCCAGAAUUUUGAAAGAAAGUAUUCACCCUCUAUUCAAUUCUCCAACUGAGAUGGCAUCAUUUGCAGGCACCACCCAGAAGUGCACAGCUUGUGAAAAGAAAGUAUAUUGGGUGGAACAGCUUACUGCUGACAACAAGGUGUACCAUAAAUCGUGUUUCAGAUGUCACCACUGCAAGGGCACCCUCAAGCUGGGUAAUUAUUGUUCCUUUGAGGGUGUCCUAUACUGCAAGCCCCAUUUUGAUCAACUGUUUAAGAUGACUGGAAGCUUGGACAAAAGUUUUGAAGGUAUUCCAAGAAUUGCUAGAGUUGAAAGAUCUGCAGAUCAGGUCCAAAUCAACAACAAGGUUUCAAGGUUGUUUUCUGGAACUCAGGAAAAGUGUGUUGUUUGCAAGAAAACAGUGUACCCAAUUGAAAAGGUGGCUGUUGAUGGAAAAUGUUACCACAAAUCUUGUUUCAGAUGCACCCAUGGAGGUUGUGUGAUCAGUCCAUCAAAUUAUGUUGCUCAUGAACAUCUUCUUUAUUGCAGACACCACCAUACCCAGCUCUUCAAGCAAAAGGGUAACUUCAGCCAAUUAGUGAAGCAAGAAAAUCUCCAACUCACCACUCAAAACACCACACAACCUGCAACUAAUGGCACUGCAAGUCCACCUCAUCACUCUUCUUAGGUUUCACCAAGUGUCCCUGUUACACUACCAACUUCUAUUUCUUUCAUUAUUUAUGUUAUAAUAGUUGUGUGGCAAGCUUGUAAACACAACUUUAAACUUAUUUUUGAUUGUUUUUGUUAUUUUGCGUUCAGAAAGAAUUCAUGUAUACUUCCAUUAAAGUCCUAUUGUUGGCCGCUUGGUGCA